UAAUCACUUGUUUUUCUGGCGGCACUCAAUUUAUCUUUCCCCGUACUUCUCUCCCUCUGCCCCGUGGCUUUGUCGCCUUCUCCAAAGCUCUGCUUCAUCACCCUUCUCUGAAAAAUCCCACUUCCCGAGUCCGGCAAGCUAGCCAUUAUCGCCAUCAAGAUCGAGUUUUGGACGCAAGGAGGACGACCCAGUUGCGGCAAAAGCUUCCAUGUCGCGGGUAGCUUCCAACCCGCUCGCGCUCCACCGGUUCAGGCCCUACUUCGAAGCAGCCCCUCGAUCCUCGUCGCUCGUCGCGACCCCAUCCGCCGUCCGAUUUCGCGCCAGGAGUCCCCGGCUUCGGAUCGUCGCGUGUGAGGCGAAUCCGAAUCCUACCGAGAGUUCCACGUCGGAAAAGUUGGUUCUUGAGCCUUCUUCAGAGAAUGACAGUGCUGCUGACCAAUCCACAAGUCCCUCCCCAAACGUUGGGCUUCCAGAUGUACCCAACAAGUCUUUUAAUAAGCAAAUAGCUGUAGUUUCUGCUCUAGCCGCAGUUGGACUUUUCUUAUCUGCGCGGUUGGAUUUUGGUGUUUCUUUGAAAGACCUCACCGUAGCUGCAUUGCCUUAUGAAGAGGCUCUCGCCAAUGGGAAGCCCACUGUGGUGGAGUUCUAUGCUGACUGGUGCGAAGUUUGUCGAGAAUUAGCUCCUGAUAUCUACAAAGUUGAGCAGCAGUACAAGGACAAGGUUAAUUUUGUUAUGCUAAACGUUGACAACACUAAGUGGGAACAAGAGCUCAAUGAGUUUGGAGUUGAGGGUAUCCCGCACUUUGCAUUCCUUGACAGAAAGGGGAAUGAAGAGGGCAAUGUGGUGGGCAGGCUUCCUAGGCAAUACCUGCUUGAGAAUGUGGAUGCCCUGGCCCGUGGUGAAGCAUCCAUACCUCAUGCUCGUGUUGUCGGACAAUAUUCCAGUGCUGAAGCAAGAAAGGUACAUCAGGUUGUUGAUCCGAGGAGUCAUGGAUAGGAUGAGUAUUCAUUUGGUCGAGAAUCAAUGAAUCAAGUUGUUGGUAUCGUGUCUCUAGAAGGUACUGUUUCUACCUCAUUGGUAGUAUCCGAUUCAUUUUCAUUGCAUGAUUAUGUAAUCCAGUAGCACACUCUUUCUGGGCAUGAUUUUGCUGUUUGAUUACUGAUGUAUAGAGAUGAAUCUCCUGGUGCUAGUCUUCAAGAGCUGUGAUGCAGCUUAGGGUGUGUUUGGGAACCGGCUAAUUCUUGGCUAUUUUUGUUUUUUUGUUCCCCAAAACUAAAAAAAAACAAAAAUCUAUUUGAUAAUGUCAGUUAAUUUUUCUAUUCCGGGAACACAUUCCUGGGAACAGAUUUGUUCCCAGAAUUAGAUUUGAAAUAGAAUCAAGAAAUAGAAAAAAGUUACUUCUU